ACAAUUUGUCGCCAAUUUUCAACAUGGAGAUGGAGAGAGCAGUUCAACUUCGAAGUCCUCGGCACUUGUUCACAUGGUGGAGAUGGAGCAGUUCAAAGACCACCCUCGCCUGCCGAAACGGUACGACAUAACGCUCAAACCGGACCUCAACUCCUGCAGUUUCGGCGGCUCCGUCGCUGUCCACCUCGACAUCGUCUGCGAUACCCUGUUCAUCGUCCUCGACGCCGCCGACCUCUCCGUCGAUGCCGCUUCCGUGUCUUUCGCUUCCUCCAAGGUACUUUUCAAGCCUUGGAAAGUUGAGACAUUUGAAGAAGAUGGGAUUUUGGUUCUGGAGUUUGGGGAGACGCUGCCGAUUGGUUCGGGAGUUUUGGGUAUUGGGUUUGAAGGAAUUUUGAAUGACAAGAUGAAGGGAUUCUACAGAGGUGUGUUCUUUGAAUUCUGGGUUCCUUACAACUUACACAGUCAAUAUUAAUUACACUUCAAUGGCUAAACUUUGGUUCGUUCAUUAUGUGAUGGUGAGAAGAAAAAUAUGGCAGUUACGCAGUUUGCGCCGGUUGAUGCCAGGCGGUGCUUUCCCUGCUGGGAUGAACCUGCUUGGAAGGUUGCUCUGUCUA